UCGGCCGAGAGCCCGCGCGCCACAGUCCAGCGCCAUCUUUGCAAGUCGGGCGCGCAAAAUACGCUGCUUCUAAUUGGCUGCCUCCGUCUAGGGGCGGGUUACUAAGCAUGGUGCGGAUUGGCUGCGUCAGUGUGAGGGGCGGGGUUAGAAGGCUGCCGCCGGGGCUGAGGAAACAUGAGUUUUCUGAGGUCUACCAUCAGACUCAUCCAACUUAGCAGGAACUGCAGGACCCUUUUCUGGAUCUGUGACAGGGACUUGGGUUUCUAUUGCUGUGAUAUGACCAAAAGCAACUUGGGAAGAGUUUGUCUCAUCUUGUUCUUCCACAUCACAGUCUGUCAAAGGAAGUUAAGGCAAGAACUUGGAGCUUGCUCCAUUUGCAAAAUACUCUCUUCAUACGAGGCAGCUUUGAAAUUUUCUUUGUCAAUAAAAUUAAAUCUCCUCACCUUAACUUCAGACUCACUCUUCAGACAAGGGCAAAAAACAGCCACAUUCAUCACCAAAAUAUCACAAGAAUGAUCUCUAGGCAAAAUACUAAGAUUCUUCUCCUCAGACAAUUCUUGAGCCAGGCCCCAAUAGUUCAAAUUACCCUUACCACCAAUGUCUUCCACAUUCACAUUGGAGUGGUCCAUUAAGCCCUGCUUAAAGCAUUUUACUGUUUUCCUAAUCCAAAAUAAAUCCAUAGUUCCUUAAA